AUGUGUCAAGCCGUCCGCUACGUCUACCCCGGCUGCGGUCAUCCCAUCCGUCCCGACUCCGACACGUGGUAUCUCGAAAGAUGCCGCAUUGCCCACGACACAGACAGUAACUGUUGGCUGCCUCACAAUCUCCCUCCCGAGUUCAUCCAGGACAGAGUGUAUCACGGCGAAGGUCUGGCCGAAGACUGUGCUAUGUGUCUCUCCUUGAACGCCUGGGAUGAUGAUGACGCUGGCUCAUUCUUCGAGGGGGAGGAGAACGACGACGAAGACGAAGAUGGCGAAGGCGACGCCGAUGCGGGAAAUACCACCCAGCAAAACACCACGCAGAUAUCAACAGAGGCGGAUCCCUCUGCAGAGGAACUUCCUGGGGCCGAACACCUUCGGUGGGCGAUGAACAAAAUGAUUGAGAUCGACAGCGAUGCCGGGGGAGAGACUCCUCCUCCUGAGGACCGAAGCUUGGGUUCGGCGAGCAUGGAUCUUGAGGGCAGCCAGCCUUCGGAGAUGGAGUAUCACUGA